UUUCUUGCUACAUCAACAAUGUAGUAAAGCGCUCAGUGUUGUUACAUCUUUGGAGUCCGGAGAUGAUGCAUCUGGGAAGGUCAUCAAACAACUGGAAAAACUUUUCAUCUGCUCAUUCGAUUGAAUUGCAUGCACUGUAUGAAGAGACACACUGUUCAGAUGAUCAAUUGAGCGGAAAACGAAAAUGAGAACCCAAAAUAUCAUAUAGUAUGAACAUGAUAGCAGCACACAGAGUGAUUUUCUACGGACGGCGUUGCUAAGGAGCUCGCCGCCGAGAAGCUCGAUUGGGCCUAGUGCCACGGUCCGAGUGCCAGUCUUCCUCCUGCAAAAGCUCGACAUCCUCUCGCAGCUCUUGACCUCUACACACCACCCUCUCCCAACCACACUCCCACAUCCUCGCCGCCCAUCAUGCUCAGGAACGGCUUCCAACGGUCGAUCCGGGCCUCCCUUCGCCCAUCCGUGGCCCAGCGUGCCUUCAAACCCAUCUCCAAGAGCUUCGCCCCAGCCUUCGCUUCGAGGUUCGCAUCGACAGAUGCUGGAAAGGACGGAAAGAUCCACACUGUCAUCGGUGCCGUCGUCGAUGUCAAAUUCGAUGGCGAGCAGCUUCCUCCCAUUCUCAACGCCUUGACAACCGACAAUGGCGGCCAGAAGCUGGUUCUGGAGGUCGCACAACAUUUGGGUGAAAACGUCGUCAGAUGUAUUGCCAUGGACGGUACCGAGGGUCUCGUCCGUGGUGCCAAGUGCAGUGACACUGGUGCUCCCAUCACCAUUCCCGUCGGCCCUGCUACCCUUGGUCGCAUCAUGAACGUCACUGGUGACCCCAUUGACGAGCGUGGUCCCAUCAAGACCGACAAGUUCGCUCCUAUCCACACCGACCCCCCAGAGUUCGUCGAGCAGUCCACCUCCGCUGAGGUUCUCGUCACUGGUAUCAAGGUUGUCGACUUGUUGGCUCCUUACGCCCGUGGUGGAAAGAUUGGUCUCUUCGGAGGUGCCGGUGUCGGAAAGACUGUCUUCAUUCAGGAGCUGAUUAACAACAUCGCCAAGGCCCACGGUGGUUUCUCCGUCUUCACUGGUGUCGGUGAGCGUACCCGUGAGGGUAACGAUCUGUACCACGAAAUGCAGGAGACUUCCGUCAUCCAGCUUGAUGGCGAGUCCAAGGUGUCUCUGGUCUUCGGUCAGAUGAACGAGCCCCCAGGUGCCCGUGCCCGUGUCGCUCUCACUGGUCUCACUGUCGCUGAGUACUUCCGAGACGCUGAGGGUCAGGAUGUGUUGCUCUUCAUUGACAACAUUUUCCGUUUCACCCAGGCCGGUUCCGAGGUGUCUGCUCUUCUUGGUCGUAUCCCCUCUGCCGUCGGUUACCAGCCCACUCUCGCCGUCGACAUGGGUGCUAUGCAAGAGCGUAUCACCACCACCCAGAAGGGUUCCAUUACCUCCGUCCAGGCCGUUUACGUGCCCGCUGACGAUUUGACGGAUCCCGCCCCUGCCACCACUUUCGCCCAUUUGGACGCCACCACUGUCUUGUCCCGUGGUAUCUCCGAGUUGGGUAUCUACCCCGCCGUCGACCCUCUUGACUCCAAGUCCCGUAUGUUGGAUCCCCGUAUUGUCGGUGACGACCACUACAACACCGCCACCCGUGUCCAGCAAAUUCUCCAGGAGUACAAGUCGCUCCAGGAUAUCAUUGCCAUUUUGGGUAUGGAUGAAUUGUCGGAAGCCGACAAGCUUACCGUCGAGCGUGCCCGUAAGAUCCAGCGUUUCUUGAGCCAGCCUUUCACUGUCGCUCAGGUCUUCACUGGUAUCGAGGGAAAGCUUGUCGACCUCAAGGAGACUAUCAACUCUUUCAAGGCUAUCUUGGCCGGUGAGGGUGACGAUCUCCCCGAAGGUGCUUUCUACAUGGUCGGUGACUUGCAGUCGGCGCGCGCUAAGGGUGAGAAGAUCUUGGCUGAACUCGAGAAGUCAUAGAUGGAUUUUGGCUGUGGUGGGCAAAGUGAGAGUGUGGG